GUUAAGCAAAGACAGACAGCAAGCAAAAAGAAGAUAAAAUCCACUUGGAGUAAAGACAGACUCUCUCAGCUAAAGAACCAUGGGGACAGGUCAGUCAUCUGGGCUGGAAGCAGCUUCCACACACAUACAAACAGCCUCCAUUGUCAUCUACUGUGUGAUAUUUAUAGUUGGAACUCUGGGCAACGCCCUGGUUAUCUACAUGACGGGCUUCAAAAUGCAGAAAACAGUCAACUCAAUUUGGUUUCUCAACCUGGCCAUAGCUGACUUCCUCUUCACGGCCUUCCUGAUUUUCUCGAUCAUUUCUCUCUCUCAGAGUCACCAGUGGCCUUUUGGACAAUUCGUGUGCAAGCUCAACAACUUUGUCACUUUAGUCAACAUGUUUGCCAGCAUCUUUACUCUGACAGCUAUAAAUUUGGAUCGUUGUCUGUCCAUCUGGGUGGUGGUGUGGGCACACAACAAGCGCACAGUCUGCAAAGCUCGGCUCAUAUGUGCUGGUAUCUGGGUGACUGCUGCGAUCUGCAGCACUCCUUAUGCCACUUUUCGCACCGUGUUAGGAGAUAAUGGGACAUAUUACUGUGGUUAUUCUAUGACACAUGAACAAAAAUGGAGUCUCCACAUUUUUCGCUUUCUUAUGGGCUUUGUGAUCCCAUUCCUGGUAAUAGUCAUCUCUUAUGUGGCCAUAGGGAUCUGUGCAAUGCGCAUGCAGAGAACAAGGAGAAGGAGAUCUCACAGAAUCAUUUUCUCCAUCAUUUUUGCAUUCUUCAUCUGCUGGUUACCCUUCCAUGUUUUUAACUUUAUAGAAUUAAAGGCUGUGAAUAACCCAGACCUCUGGAACAUUGUUAGAAUCAUGGGUCCUCUGACUUUGAGUCUGGCUUUUCUGAACAGCUGCCUGAACCCCAUCCUCUAUGUUUUCAUGUGUGAAGAAUUCACGAAGAAGCUUCGGCAGUCCAUAUGUUUUGUACUUGAGAGUGCUCUGGCAGAGGAUCAUGUGUCCAGUCACUGUACGUCAUCAACCAUUUCAAAAAUGUCUCAAAAAUUUGAUCCUGCUGCAACUUUAAAAAUAAUUGACCCAGCCAUUUAUGAAAACAUCCCAGUAAGCAACGUGAUCAUCACUGAGGAGAUUCCGGUCUCCGAGUAAAAUCAACACACAGCAACAAAAUCCAGUGUAACAAAAGGCAAUGUAAAAAGGAAUUCAUUGAUUUUUAAUCCAAAACUUUCACAUCAGAUUAUAACAUAAAGUACAUUCAUGCACAGAAACACAAAGCACGUGUUUUUGUCUUGUCAUAUUAUUAGACAAGCAAGA